GGCAGUGCACUUGCAGCGAGUGAAGAGGCAGAGGAAAGUACUUGAAGAUCAGUAAUUCCAUUCGUAGUACAAUGCAGUCCCCGAAGGACAGUGCAACUGCGGCCGCUGCCCAAGUUCCAGCGCAGUCGGGCGCAGCGGACGAGGCUCGGGCGGCCUCUCAGCCGAGGAGCCCUGCCACGGAAGCGCUGCCGCCCUCUUCGCCCAGCUCCGUCGCCUCGUCCUUGUCCUUCAAGCCUCCGUCCUCGCUUGAGGACGCGAUCUUCUCUGAAGAGACGGCUGCCGCCGGCGGCUGCGUGUUCUUGCGGCGCGUGCGCAGUCUGCCCGCGGUGCAGGGUCUGCUGGGCGCGUACGCCGGCGCCAAGGCCUACCCAGUGGUGGGCUGGGCCUUGUCGGUGGGCGAGAAGUCGGCCUCGCUUGCGACAGCGGUGUGCAGGCCGGUGGCUUUACUGUGCCGAGCGCCAGUUUCGUGCGCUGACUGGUGCCUGUGCAAGGGUCUGGAUGUUGCCGAGGCAAUCUUCCCUUGUGUCUCCAUGCUUCCUAGCGAGGUGUACUUCAGUGCUCGGAAACGUGCAAUGGACUGCGUGUGCUGUCCUCCCCGAACAGUUGCACGAUGCUUAGUCAGCGUUUGCCCAGGGUCUCAAAAGGACUAGCUUUCUAUACUUUAAAAUCCCAACUUGUAAUUUAAGGGUCGCAAGACGCUAAAACACUCUAAAUGUACAUUU